GGCAGCGUAUUUCGGUCCCGCCAUCUUAAACCCUUUAUCCAAAUUCACCAUUGUUGAGGUUUUCGUUUUGCUCGGAGCUGAUCCUUCCACAAAUUUACAGAUUUCUCGCGGGUAAUGGUGUCUGAGAAGAAACCCUUCUUCCACAACGCUGUUUCGUCCAUCAACAGCUUCAUUUGACGCCCACCGAUGGCGACCCACCUCCAAAUUUCCACUAAAAUGGCUCUUCACUCCCCGGUUCUUCCAGCGCCCAGACACCAUCGGUCACCAGAAUGCAACCACGUUGUGAGUUUUAAACCGCAUAAAAGAUUUCAGAAUGCUAGAUCCAUGGUCUCGUGUGCCAUGAAUAUGACUGCAGGACAAUCAGAUGAUCCAGGGAAGGUGAGUUGGGAUAGUUUGAAGGACAGGGUAAAAAAACUAUGGGACAGCUCACCAGAGCCAGUGAAGUGCUUCCCUUGGAAUGAGGCAUUGGAUAACUUCAUUCAGCUUAUUGCUGAUCUCGUCUUGGCAGUUAUCAAAUACUUGUGUGUGCCAUUACUCGCCGUUACGUCCCUCAGCGAGAUGUCUUACUGUGCCCAUGAAAAGAAGCUCUUUGUUGUUCCAUUUCCAUUAAUAGUUGGCUUCUCUGUUGCUGAGGUCAUGAGACAAACAGCUUUGAGUCUAUCUCCAAUUCUGAAGGAUCUUGAAGUUCCAUGGCAUUUGAUCACUAUUGCAAUAUUCUUCACCCUCAUCAAACUGCCCGGUCCAUACUACCCGUACUGGGGUCGCAUAUUCAUUCCCCAUUUUGCAAAUGGGGGUUUAUUGAGAACUUUAUGGUCUUCAUUUCUCUGGUUUAGAAGACCCCGAAAGCCAUCGACGCAGCUGAAGCAUAACAGUACUCACCUGAAUACAAACAAGAACUAAUCGAAAGGGCAUAAAGAACAUCGGACCAGGCAACAUUGCUGGCUUCAUCGGUAUGGUUUCGAUCCACCCGACCGAGCGAACUGGUUGAUAUUCUCUUGAAGCACGACACUGGUUUUGCUUCAUUAGAGGAUCAUUUUUCUUUUAUGGAUGCACCAUGUAAUCCAGUUUCAUGAAAGUUUGUUUCCUUUUAUGCAUCACAAGAAGUUUUGGAGGCCGUGUUUACUACACAUCACAAUUGUUCUAAUCUCUUCAAGUUUUCAAAUAGACACUACUUUUUGGGCAGUUCAAAAAUCAUCUCUCAAGGAAAUUAUUUUACAUCGA